AUGAUUACUCUCGAGGAAUAUGGAAUAAUGAAGGAACAGCUCCUCCAAAUGAGCGAUGAGCACGAGGAAAUGGAGAAUCAGAUAACAAAGCUGCAAGCGCAGAACUCUCAACUCCCUCUUUUGAGAAGUCAAUUAGCCGAAUCUCAAAAAGCACUGAAGGACCUUGAAGAGGAGUUCGCUCAAACACAAAUUAAGUUAAAUGCAGAAUUCGAUCGUCUAAGCGAUAUAAAUGCAUUAAAAACACCUGAAAUAAGAAAUCUCAAACAAAAAGAAGCGAAUUUACGAGAGCAAUUAUCAAAAGCGCAACAGUAUUAUGAUACUCUAUUCCAAGAAGAAUCAGAAAUCGCUGAAAAUCUAGCCAAUGCCGCUGCACAAGAACAAGAAAUUACGUUAGUCAUAGAAGACUCUGGCGCAUAUUUCACAAAGCAAGAAGUAUUGGUUCACCAACUUCAGACAUGCAGAUUUAGCCGUAUACAAAUCGAAGAUCUAUUACAACAAUGCGAAUUAUUAAAAAUAGAAAGAGAAGCACAACAUGGCAGAAGGUUUAGAUUGAACGGAUGGAAGCAACAAGCAGCUACAAUUAAUGAACAACAAUUAGUAGCGUAUAAUGAUCUUGUUUCUUCAUUUAAUAAAAAAUCUGAAGAAGUUCGCGCAGAAGAAGAUAAACUAUCAUCAACGUUAAAUGAACAAGCAAGAGAUCAAACAAAUCUUUCGGAAUUAGAAAUGAAUAUCGUUAAAAUUGAAAAAGAAAACAGCGAAACAGAAUCUAAAACAACAAACGAGAUACAGACCGCCAAAGAAGAAUUGGAGAAGCUCAAACAAAAGAUUGCUUCAAACAAAUCCGAAAUUUCCGAAAUGAAAAAUACAAUUCAAAAUUACAACAGAAGCGAAGCAAAAUCGAUCCAGAAAAAGAUUGGUAUCGUGAGAGAUCUCGAGAAACGCUUAAUACAAGAGAGAAAUAACCUUCCUGUCAUUCAAAUUGAUUCUCCAUACAUAGAAGAGCUUACAAGAACAGUUGAUGCAGAGAUGAGAGAAAGAGAAUCACUCCUAAGGACUGUUAAGGACCUAGAAAAGGAGUUAAAACGUGUAAAAGCUGAUUCUGACAGAAAAACCGUUGUUAUUGAAGAAUUUUCAACUGUCAGACCAUCGGAUGAACCGUUAUCUGAUGAAGUAUGCUAUAGGGAUUUCUUAAAUCUCUUAAAAGAAGCAGAAAUCAAACAUCUUAACUACGUUUCAGAUUUGCAAGGAAUUGCUGAAAUAAUUUCUUGCAUUGGCCAGGAAAACGAAGUUCUCCGUGAAACACUUUCUCAACUUUCAAAUUAA